UGUAUAUUUCCAAUGGUAAAAUUUUGCUUUACAAUUAAAAAGGGUUUAAUGUAAGAAAUGAUCCCUUUUCAAGUGGUGAAUUCUACUUUGCUUCACUGUUUCUUAAGGAGUUGAGUUUUUUGGGUUGAAGAAUUAUGCUCUCUCUCUCUCUCUCUCUCUCUCUAUAUAUAUAUAUAUAUAUAUUGUUUUAUUGUUGAUUGUGGCUCAUUCUAAUCUUUUCUUUAAUCAUUCUUAAAUUGGUUGUGGAUAGUUUAUCGUUUUUCCAUUUGAUUCGAAGUAACACCAAGAUGGCAAUUUGAAUUUUAGUUGACUUCCAUAAAAGCAAUUAUUGGUUUCUGUGUGUGUGUGAUUUUAUGACUGAUUAUUCAGCUUCUGAUGAGAUAUUGAGGAUGAGUUCUGCGUGUUUAAGAGUUCUUCUCUCUUUUUCUGUCUAGGGAAGGCACAAUGGCAAACAAAAUGCAGUUUUCAUAUGAAUUUCUCCUUUAAUUUUUUUGGGGAUUUUUAUACCAUUUGGAGCGUGUGAUUUUACUCAAAUUAAUUACAAUUUUAAGAUUUAAAUGGAAGAAUUUAAGGUGCUCUAGACUUUUUUAGUUAAUUGAUAGAGCACCAAAAAUGAGAAGUACUGCUUGAGUGGCCAAAUCUACUUUUCUUCUGCUUCUUUUGAAUCAUGAAAUCUGAGACUUUGAUGAAAUGUGUCAUUAGGGGGUUUCAUAUUUGAUGAUUAAUUCUGUUAAUAUUGCUGUAUUCAUUUUGCCAAGGGUUGUAGCUUAUCAAUAGGUUUUCUUUUUUUUUUUUCUUUUUACAAUUUAUCUACAACUACAAGUUGAGUUCAUUAAUGAUAUAAUGGUUGUUUCUUUUCAAAAUAUAACUAAAACCCUUACAAAAAUGUCUGUUGACUCUGUUCUCUUAGACUCAAACAUGAGGUUUUCUAUACGAGUCUACCCUGGAGAGAUCAUGGAUGCAAAUGAAUAUGGUUGCAAUCAAGAGACUGACUAACAGUUGGUGAUUAUUUUACUAUACUUUUUGGUUUUAGUCAUGAUUCCAACUUCCAAAACCUUCAUUGGAAUUUAGCAUUUGUGGCAAAUUGGUUUCCUUUUUUUCUGCCUGUUGUAUUGUAUCAACUCUUUCUUUUUCCAUAUUAAUUAUUAAUGAAAUGCAUUGUGGCCAAGGCAGUAUAAUGGUAGGGUUUAUGCAGAGGACUCAUAAACAUACUCCUUUUUUUUUUUUUUUCCUGUUCUAGAGUUUGUUUUCUUGCUUAAGGACAAUAUCUAUUGGUCAGUGAUAGGAAAAGAAGAAAAAAGUCAAAGUUUGGAAGGAAUAAUUCUGUAUAACUAUUCUAACAGAGUACAAGCUAUGAAAAUGUAAAAAUUUUAAGUCAUGCCUGAUAAAAGCAAUUGAAAGACAAUCUCCAUUCAUUUUCAUAUUUAGUACAAUCAGUUCUCUUGGUCCCCUUUUGAUUUUUUUUUUUUUUUUAAAUAAUGCUUUUUCAAAGAUCUGUGUCCAUAGAGAAGUUUGAUGCUGUUUGUCUUCUUAACCAUUUAUUUGUCUUUACAUGGUAAGGAGGAAAAGUACUUUAUCAACAAUCACUUGAGCUUUAGAAUCAUGUUUCACAGAAAUCAUGUGACUGACUCUGCUCAAACUGUCAGGUUUGAGGUUUCUCCAAACAGGUGUUGUACCAAUUUCAUGACUGCCUUCGUUCAACUUUUUUCCCUUUUUCUAUUAUGACCUUUUUUCAAACUGUGUUCUUACUACUAAAGUAGUUUGUAUGCAAUUAUGGAUUCUUCAUUUUAUUUUGCAACUGAAUAAUCCUCUUAGAAACAGGGGAAAGGGGAGAGGGGAGGGUCCACUUUGAGUGUGGCUAAGGCACUUUUUGAGCUUUAGUUGGAGUUGCACCAGCAGUCUUCAAGUUUUGAGGUUGUUGAAGUUGGAAGAAAAACACAAUGCAGGACUAUAGUAGAAGCUAAGGGCGUGAAUUUCUUAAUUAUUGAACCCUCCUUCCAAUCCACAAGGGUUAGGUGAAAAGGAUGCUGUAUUUCUCAAACAAUGACGAGAAGAAGGUGAAUGAGUUUCAAAAGAUUGUUGAAGCAAUUGGAGUAGUAGAAGCAGAAUGCCUGAGGAGGUUCAGUGGGAGGGUGUUCAGAUCCCCUACUUUGUUUGAGGAUAUGGUCAAAUGCAUUCUCCUUUGUAACUACCAGGAUGAGUGAGCAAGGGAAUCAAUUGGGUUAGCUAGGGUUCAUAAUCAACAAGAAGGCAGAACGGAGGAGACAAUAGAGAGAGGAAAUCUGGCACCUAAACUUGCUAGAACUUGAGUCAACUCUUACAGAGUAAUUCUUUGAUGUUUGAGGAUGAUCCACGGUGCGGGAGAGGAGGAAAAUGAUGAGUUUAGAAGCUAUUUUGAAUGAUAUGCCUUCCGUCAAUUAUUUGGAAUCUUACUUUGGCUUGCUCUACAUUUUUCUUCUUUCAUUUUGUUGCUUUGGUUGUAUCUGUUGCUUUUAAGGUAGAAGAACUAGAAAAAGAAAUUAAGGUGUUGGAC